AUGGCAGCAACAAGACGCUCAUCACGGCUGAGUGCCCAGUCAGACGCAAAGCCAUCAUCCCCGCAGCCAGAAGACCAGACUGCAAAUUCCACACAGAAUAACCGAAAGCGCAAGGCUUCAACAUCAAAAGCAACAGCACCAGUCACACCCACAAAGCGACGGACGGAACGUAUUCAACCUGUACCACCAUCGACACCAACACCCAGCGCAGCAGGAGCUAUUGCCGAGCCAGCAGCAAGCACGAAGCCUCGGACUCACCCAACAAUUGCUAGAUUAGCUGACCCCCUUGCGACCAAUGCGACGCUCUUGUCGCCAGAGACGUCGAGGGUCGUGGCAUUCAAGGACAUAGAUCUAGGGUCGCCAUCUAAGAAGCCCGGUACGAGGAUCACUACGGAAAAUCUACUCGAUGUCGCAUGUGCGCAUCUAAUCAGCGUGGACGAGAGGAUGCGGCCGCUCGUAGAGCGCAAUCACUGCAAAGUAUUCUCGCCGGAAGGGCUGGCCGAGAAGAUCGACCCGUUUGAGAGUCUGUCAAGUGGCAUCAUCUCGCAGCAGGUUUCCGGCGCAGCUGCCAGGUCUAUCAAGGCCAAAUUCCUGGCGUUGUUUGACACCCGGGACAGGACGACGCGGUUCCCCCAUCCGUCAGAGGUGGCCCCCGUGCCGGUUGAGACGCUCCGUACCGCGGGGCUUUCGCAGCGCAAGGCAGAGUAUAUCAAGGGCCUGGCGGAAAAGUUUGCGAAUGGCGAGUUGAGCACCGAGAUGUUACAUGAUGCCCCGUAUGAGGAACUGGUUGAGAAGUUGAUUGCAGUGCGGGGUUUGGGGAGAUGGUCUGUGGAAAUGUUUGCCUGCUUCGGAUUGAAGAGAAUGGAUGUGUUUUCUGUCGGGGAUCUAGGUGUACAGAGAGGCAUGGCAGCAUUUGUUGGAAGGGACGUGGCCAAGUUGAAGUCCAAGGGGGGCAAGUGGAAGUACAUGUCUGAGAGGGAGAUGUUGGAUAUAUCGGAAAAGUUUGCGCCAUACAGGAGCUUGUUUAUGUGGUUGAUGUGGAGAGUCGAGGACAGCUACACCGACGUGAGUACCCUGGAGUAG